AUGUUUGCAACUAGAUGGAGCAUCGGCCCCAGGGUUCUAGGGCGACAAAUUCGGCAUUUCCAGCUUCCGUCGAGCUAUAAACCGAACGGCAGGUUUGUGGGGAAGCUCCCGUUUGGGCAACUUUUGAAUAUAUGGUGGAAAUCUCUUAGACCAGGCAGACUUGAAGAACUACAACAGGCUUUGCUUGAACACCAUUUUCCCUUGACCAGGGAGGAGAACAAGGGCAUCAAGAGAGAGAGCAAGAAGGUCCCCAUUGACGAAAAGGGCAACUUCAUCAAUGAGGUUUCGUUUGAAGUGGUCAACGAUGAGUCCUACUCCACCAAGCAUGUGGUGUUUGUUCACGGCUACGGUGCCUCGCUAGGCUGUUUUGCCAGAAACUUCCAUGUUGUGAAUAAGUUUAGAGGCCUUAAAAACAACUACAAAGUGCAUUUUCUCGAUAACAUCACCUUUGCGUUGAGUUCGAAUCCUCCCAUCAAGAGCAUCGACUACAGUGCGCCUAUACCCCAGGUGAAGCAUAUCAAGAUGACCGACACCAAGACGACAGUGCCGAAGGACCUUUACAGGAAGUACUAUAAGCUCAUUGACAGCUACAAGUUUGACGCGGAGGAGUUCAAGAAAUCGAGGGACGAGCUUGCACCUGUGCUCAAGGACAUGGAGGACUACUACACCCUGGCGUUAGACGGCUGGAGAAAAGGCACUGGUAUUGAGAAAAUUGACUUUUUGGUGGGUCAUUCUUUUGGAGGCCAUUGGUGUGGAUCCUACUCUGUGAGAAACCCAGACAAGGUUGAUCGGUUGGUGCUCUUGUCGCCUGUGGGCGUGGAAAGAACGGCUUUUGGGGUGACUACGCCAAUUCCAGAGCAGGAAGAAAAUCUCCCGUCUCUUGACCCCACGUCCUACCACUUUUUGAGUCGAUGGCCCAUUCUUUCGCCCGAAACCGUGUACAAGUGGUACCAUGUCCAGCCCAAAUUGCCUCGGCUUUUGAAAUUCAUGGGUCCUUGGGGUGUGGCCAAGUACUACGAUAUGUGGUACAGCAAACUUUUUGCCAUCAACAAGGUGAUCAAGAAGCUUGGUGGUGCUCUGGUGUUCAAGAGUGAAAAUGAGUUGGUCUAUGGUUCCAACACGGAGUGCCGUCUUCUCAUCGAGUACUUGUACAAUUCCAUCACCACAGGAACCAAGUCGGAUACCCAUGUGAAGUACCUCUUGACCCCAGCCACCACGAGCAGAUGGCCAUUGUACGACAAGUUCAUGGCCUCCAACAAGGAGGACCUCUCCAAGUUCAAAUUGCACAUUGCAUACGGUCAGUACGAUUUCAUGAACUCUGAGGCUGGUGAAAAGCUUGUGAAGGAGCUCAAUGAGACCUUUGGCGUGAAUAAUGCCAAAUACCACACUGUACCUGAGGGUGGUCACAAUUUGUACAUCCAGAACCCAUUUGGCACAAAUGAGCUUUUGGAGAAGAUUGUGACCGAGGCCGAGGCUCAGUAA